CUCGCUGAGAGGGAGGAGAAAGCAGUGAGUUCCGGAGCCCUCCCUAGCGCGACCCAGCCCUUCGCUUCAGAGAUCAUGGCUGCCGAGGAUGUGGCGGCGACAGGCGCCGACCCGAGCGAGCUGGAGGGCGGCGGGUUGCUACACGAGAUUUUCACGUCGCCGCUCAACCUGCUGCUGCUCGGCCUCUGCAUCUUUCUGCUCUACAAGAUAGUGCGCGGGGACCAGCCGGCGGCCAGCGGCGACAGCGACGACGACGAGCCGCCCCCACUGCCCCGCCUUAAGCGGCGCGACUUCACCCCUGCGGAGCUGCGGCGCUUCGACGGCGUCCAGGACCCGCGCAUACUCAUGGCCAUCAACGGCAAAGUGUUCGACGUGACUAAAGGCCGCAAGUUCUACGGGCCCGAGGGGCCGUACGGGGUCUUUGCCGGAAGAGAUGCAUCCAGGGGCCUUGCCACAUUCUGCCUGGAUAAGGAAGCACUGAAGGACGAGUAUGAUGACCUUUCUGACCUCACUCCUGCCCAGCAGGAGACCCUGAGUGACUGGGACUCUCAGUUCACUUUCAAGUACCAUCAUGUGGGCAAACUGCUGAAGGAGGGGGAGGAGCCCACCGUGUACUCAGAUGAGGAAGAACCAAAAGACGAGAAUGCUCGGAAAAAUGAUUAAAGCAUUCAGUGGAAGCAUAUCUAUUUUUGUAUUUUUCAGAAUCAUUUGUAACAUUCCAGUCUGUCUUUAAAACAUGGUGAUUUCAAUAUUUAGAAAAGUUUUGAACUUGCUGUAAAUUUUUUUAAUUAACAUCACUAGUGACACUGAUAAAAUUAACUUCUGUCUUAGAAUGCAUGAUAUGUUUGUGUGUCACAAAUCCAGAAAGUGAACUGCAGUGCUGUAAUACGAAUGUGAUUACUGUUCUUCUUUUAUCUGUAGUUAGUACGGGCUGAAUUCAGACUUGUUUUUCCUGAGAGACAGGUAAGACUUGGGUGUUUCCCAAAAACAGGUAAAAAUGUUAGAUGUGCAAAGUCCUUCAAGUGCCAAGAACAAAGGAUCAACUUUUAGUUACAAUGUUCUCGAAAGACAGCAAGUCCCUUAUUUCUCAAUCGACUUAACUGCAUGAUUUCUGUUCUAUCUACCUCUGAAGCAAAUCUGCAGUGUUCCAAAGGUUUGGGGAUUGAUUACAGAGAGCUGGCCAGGAACAAAAUGAGAUCUCAAAGCUGGGCUCAGUUGGAAGAAAUAAUAUAUUUACUGUGUUUCUAGACUUCAUCAUGUCCUUUUCCUCCUUUGCACACUCAGACGCCCUCACUAACAGUAAUCUAGAGUGAGGAUUAAAACAGGACCUGAACAUUCAAAAGAAAGCUUUGGAGAAAAUCAGCUUGCUUGCCUAAAAACCUAAAUAUAUGAAGAUUGUAGGACUAUCUUCCCAGUCCCCAUGUUCGUGGUGGGGCAAUGGUUAUUUUACACAGUUCGACGGGAGAGAGGGGCGUGCAGGACGGGAACAGGUGUUUGCUCUCCUAAGAGCCUUCACACACAGCCCUGAAGAGUGAGGACACAGUACAUAGCGCUAGCCAAGUGGUUUUGAAAGUAAAGUAUAUUCAUAAGGAAAAAUAAUUCUCCUGUUGUUACAAAACUAUAGCCACUGCAAGAGUAGUAGUCAAGUGUCUAGGUCUUUGAUAUUGGUCUUUUGGUUAACAGUAAACUUAGCUUAAGUAGACUCUACAGUUGUAUGAAUUUGUAAAAGUAUUAUAUGAACAACUAGUGAGGUUUCAGAUUCUUGUAACUGUAGCUGAAUAGUCAUUGUAUUUUCUUGUGAACUGUGUUUAAUGGUUUUACCUCAAAUCAGAAAACAAAAUGAAGUGCUUUGGUCAGUUAAUAAAAUGGUUUUACCCAGUA